GGCCAAGCGGCUCGUCUAUUUAAGCCCAGCAUAUGCCACCAUUCUUCUUCCUCCCUCGCCUUGGAUUUCAUCAAUAUCUCUAUAAAACAAGGAAUUACAAAUUAGAAAUUCGUUCGUCUUCCACACAUUUAGUUUAAUUCCAGCUCUGUUUAUCCCCAUUUAUAAUCUGAUCACGAUGGAAUACGAGGAUUGCUACGGACAAGUCCAGAGGCCGAAAUACGAUUGCCUUCUGUUUGAUCUUGAUGACACUCUUUACCCUCUGAGUUGCGGAUUAGCAGCAUCAGUCCUUAAAAACAUCCAAGAUUAUAUGAUCGAAAAAUUGGGUCUUGAUGAGAGCAAAAUUCCUGCCUUAUGUGAUCUACUGUAUAAAAAUUAUGGCACAACAAUGGCCGGUCUAAGGGCCAUUGGCUAUGAUUUCGACUAUGAUGAGUAUCAUAGCUUUGUUCACGGUAGAUUGCCGUACGAAAAUCUAAAACCCGACCCUGUUUUGAGAAGCCUUUUGUUAAGCUUGCCUAUGCGCAAAGUUAUCUUCACGAAUGCUGAUAGGGUACACGCGGUUAAAGCACUGAGUCGACUCGGUCUCGAGGAUUGUUUCGAAGGGAUCAUAUGUUUUGAAACACUUAACCCGACUCACAAGACUACUGCAUCAGACGAUGAAGAUGAUGCCGAAUUUGUCGGGUUGGGAUUCUUUCCUCCGAACGGUAACUCGGAAAUUUUCGACAUUAUUGGACAUUUUUCAAGUCCUGAUGCAAAUUCAUCGAGCCUUCCAAAAACCCCAGUUGUGUGCAAACCAUCUGAAAGUGCCAUUGAAAAGGCUCUUAAAAUUGCUAACAUUGAUCCGCAAAGGACAGUCGGUAAAUCUCAGAGAGUGAAAGGAGCAGAUUAUGUGUUAGAAAGUAUUCACAAUCUUCGGGAAGCUAUACCCGAGCUCUGGGAAUCCGAGAAGCUUUCGAACAACGUUAACUACUCGGGUGUUGCAGUCGAGACAUCUGUUACAGCUUAG